UUUAGAGGGGCGGCUCCAGAAGGUCGCUGGUUCGAUCCCAGUCUCUCAAACACUCUGAGUGGUGAUGCAGACCAUUGAACAUCUGUAUAAAUACACACAUUUACGGUUUUGGAGGAAAGUUGCCCAGAGCAGCGGGAUUUACAGAUCGCGUGUCACCGCCGCUACGGAAGCCGAUUGGGACAGUUUGACGUGGCUGCCGGAGACGAGCUAAGCUAAGCUAAGCUAAGCUAAGCUAACCACCUCCUCCUCGUGAACAUGGCAGCUCACCUGAAGAAGCGAGUGUACGAAGAGUUUUCUAAAGUCGUGCAGAUUCCCCAAGAAGAAGCUCCGGCCAAGAAGUUGCGUCUGUCCAAACCCAGUAAAUCUGCGGCGCUGCACAUUGACCUCUGUAAGGCCACGAACUCCACCGACGCCCUGCAGUACCUGCUGCAGUUUGCACGCAAGCCCGUGGAGGUGGAGAGCGUGGAGGGUGUGGUCAGGAUCCUGUUGGAGCACUACUAUAAGGAGACAGAUAAUUCGGUGAGGUUGAAGAUCGCCUCUCUGCUGAGUCUGCUCUCCAAAACACAGGGUUUCAUCCCCGACUGCAUCGUCGACGACGCCAUCAACACACUCACCAACGAGAAGUCUCAUCAGGUCCUCGCUCAGCUGCUGGACACUCUGCUGGUCAUAGGUACACAACUACCUGAGAGUCCUACAGUCAGACAGAGGCUCAUUGAGGUGGCCUGCAAGCACCUGUCUGAUACGUAUUUCGGAGUGAGGAACAAGUGUCUGCAGCUCCUCGGGUGUCUCGGCAUGGUCGACACACCUCUGAGCAAAGACAGCGAGGGACCAAGCACAUCGAUAGCUCCAGGAGGAGUGAGGGACGUCCAGAGUAUCAUUAGCGACUACUUUGGAGACCAGGAGCCCAGGGUCCGCACCGCAGCCCUUAAAGCCAUGCUGCAGCUGCACGAGAGAGGGAUGAAGAUUCAUCAGAUCAUUUAUGAACAGGCCUGCAGGUUGCUGUCAGACGACUAUGAGCAGGUUCGCUCUGCAGCAGUGCAGAUGGUUUGGGUGCUCAGCCACCUGUACCCAGAGAGCAUCGUGCCCAUCCCAUCCUCCAAUGAAGAGAUCCGACUGGUUGACGACGCCUUUGGGAAGAUCAGUCACAUGGUCAGUGAUGGUUCCUGGAUGGUUCGUGUGCAGGCAGCCAAAACACUGGGUUCGAUGACGCAGGUCAGUCCUCAAUUUCUAGAGCAAACUUUGGAUAAGAAGCUGAUGUCAGAUCUCAGGAGGAAGCGCACGGCUCAUGAGCGAGCCAAGGAACUUUUUGCUUCCGGAGAAUUCUCCUCUGGCAGGAAGUGGGCGGACGAUGCCCCCAAGGAGAGGCUGGACAGCAACACUGUCGCCCUCAUCGCCUCAGGAGCCUGCGGCGCCUUCGUUCACGGCCUGGAGGACGAGAUGUUCGAGGUCCGUAUAGCGGCGGUGGAUGCGUUGUGCCAGCUGGCUCGGUCGUCUGCCAGCUUCGCCGAAAAGUGUCUGGACUUCCUGGUCGACAUGUUCAACGAUGAGAUCGAGGAAGUGAGGCUGCAGUCCAUCCACGUGCUGAGACAAAUAUCUACUCAUAUAACACUCAGAGAGGACCAGCUUGACACUGUGCUGGCUGUGUUGGAGGACAAGUCUCGUGACAUCAGAGAAGCUCUCCAUGAAUUACUGUGUUUCACCAACGUCUCCACUAAAGAGUGUAUCCAGCUGGCUCUGCUGGAGCUGCUGAAGAACCUCAACAAGUAUCCCACCGACCGCAACUCUGUCUGGAAGUGUCUGAAGUUCAUGGGUUCCCGUCACCCAACCCUGGUGCUGCCGCUGGUCUCUGAGCUGCUCAGCACGCACCCGUACUUCGACACACCCGAGCCUGACAUGGACGACCCGGCCUACAUCGCUGUGCUGGUGCUGGUGUUUAACGCUGCCAAAUCGUGUCCCACCAUGCCGGCGCUGUUCUCUGAUCACACCUUCAGACACUACGCCUACCUGAGGGACAGUCUGUCUCACCUCGUACCGCCACUCAGAUUGCCGGGCAGGAAGCAGAUCUACGGUCUGGACUCGGUGGACUCGGGUUGUGGUUCUGGUUCUGUGGAAUCAGCUCAUCUCUUCCUGGUACAGAGUCUGAACCGGGUCAGCACCAUCCAGAACCUGGAAGCACCGGGAGCUCAGGACCUGCUGGACUUCACUAUACGAGACUUGCAGCGUCUGGGGGAACUACAGACCGAACUCGUGGGAGCUGCUGAUUUCUGUGCUACGUACCUGCGCUGCCAGCUGCUGCUCAUGAAGGCUCUGCAGGACAAGCUGUGGAACAUGGCCGUCCCGCUGUGCCUCAAACAGAACGUCACGGCCACAGCAGCCGCUCAACAGAUCUUAGAGGAAACCUACAAGCUGGAGUUUCUGUACAGUGGUUUGGAAAACAGACAAGUGGCCACUAUUCAUCAUGUCCGCCUGCAGGCCAAAGCUCUGCAGCUCGUCCUGACGGCUCGCACCAGGCAGGGGUUGGAUCCUCUGAUCAGCAGCUGUGAGAAGUUUCUGCUGGACGUCGAGUCUUUUCAGAGGCUGUUCCUGACAGAGCUGCCCCACCUCCAGGACAGUUUUGCGGAUAAACUCCUGGAGCUGAUGCCGCGGCUGUCGUCCUGUAAACCUGCAGAGCUGGUGAAAAUCCUGCAGACGACCCUCAGACAGAGCGGCCUGCUGCAGCUCAAACUGCCCGAACAGAUUCAUCGGGCGACAGCCACCAUCAUAGAGCCGACGGGGGAGUCUGACAAUCCGCUGAGGUUCACAUCAGGCCUGGUGGUGGCGCUAGACAUCGACGCGACGCUAGAACACGUCCAGGAUCCUCAGAACAGCGUGAAAGUACAGGUUCUGUAUCCAGACGGUCAGAGUCACGUGAUCCAUCCCAAACCUGGAGACUUCAGAAAACCUGGACCUGACCGACACAGACUCAUCACACAGGUCUACCUCUCGCACACAGCCUGGACAGAGCCGUCUCAGAUCGAGGUGCGCCUCCUGCUGGCCUACAGCUCCUCUUGCACCUCCUUCUCCUCCUCAGCUGCCAAGCAGGGGUGGAGCGACAGCAUCGACGGCCUCCCACCACCAGAGGCCGCCGUCGAGGGAACGAUUCAGUUCAGCAAGCCGGUCAAAGUGUUCAUCAUGCCCAAACCCACCCGCCGCUAACCAGAC